CGGCCGUUCUACGGUAAAAGCAGGUCGUCGAGCGGCACGUGACGCACUCAGCGUUAAUUCACCAUCGUCGCAAACCACGCCAUUUUCGAGUAUAAAUAUCGGAGUCCUGACUCCUAUGCUAUCCUCCUCCUUAUCUCUACAAUCCAUCACACCAACACAUCGAACAUCACCAACCCGAUUAUUUCCGUGCAACAGCUCACAUUCAAAACCGACACCACCAUCCGAUGCCCAGAAUGGCUGCAGCGACGGCCGACCCACAACUGCUAGACCUUCCGGCGGACAUCCUCGACUACCUCAGCUAUAAUCACCUCGACAGCGUCAACUUCUUCAAUUUUCGCCUCAGCUGCCGCAAGGUACACAACAAUACGUUCAAAGCCUUCGGCCGACGAUACUUUAAGCACGUGAAGUUCAUGCUCGCACCACACAGCCUGGCGGCUCUGGAAGCAAUCUCGAAGGACAAGCAGCUGUCCAGCUUCAUCCGGCAUGUUGGCAUUGGACCAGAGAGGCUACGUUCUCAUCCAGAACUUGCGCCAGAUAACUCAGGACCCUCCCUCCACCACGAGGCGUGUCGAUUCAGGAAAGUAGAGCAUGAGAAGCUUCUUCAGGAACAAGAGGUAAUGGAGUGUGAUGGGCUCGACCUCGAGAUCCUGACCAAGGCGUUCAAGUCCUUGCCGAACUUGGAGAGCAUUGGGAUUGGGGGCCAUUACGUGGCUGCAGAUGCGACAUCGCGUGAGUGUAAUCUGGAUUAUGUGCAGAGCUGGGGCAUCGAGCAUAUGCUCCGUAAGCUAUGCGUGUUCGGUGGAAAGCAUUGCCCUUCAAGGGCAGAAAUGUUCUGCGAUCUUGACACCCAGUAUCGCGCGUUCGAGAUUGUGUUCAAAGUGCUGGCAUUGCCUGGGAUUGCGAGCCGGAAACUCACCCUAGAUCUCCAUAUCCGCCGACCAAUUUCAUGGAUGCAAGGCGUCGUUCCUUUCCUACUGAGCGAUCCCGACGUACAUGCUGCCCUGACUCGCACUUGGCGCUUGACGCUGGAGACGCCCGGUUGGCAGCAGCAGCCUACACCUCCCGGCAUGUUUCAAUCACACUGGUCUUGGGUGAGCCAGCUACUUGGAGAGGUUGCGUCGUCUUUGAAUUCGAUCAAGCUGUACUACCCAUGGCCACAGACUCGGCGAUGGCCUUCGGACCUUGUCUUUGGGCAGUUUGUCGUGCGCAAUUAUCCCCUUUUGACAACUAUCGAGCUUCAUCACAUCCAUGUCGACCUAGGUAGCCUCCUACGUUUGCUCAAACAUCAAUCGAGCACCGCUAAGACUAUCAAAUUCUCUAACGUCGUCAUCACGAGGGCUUCUCCAGGCUCUCCGCCGCGGCACGAUCGGUGGCUCGAAGUCUUCGAAGAGUUACAAAGCCUACAAAUGUUGAAGACACUGACGCUUUCGAGGGUUGCUGAGCAUGGCCUGUUACCCGCUAACCGCCGGGUAUCUGACACUGCAGAGGACCAGACGGUGGGAAACAAGGGGUACGACGUGAGAAUGACAGUGCACACGGUAGAUCUGCACGGCCACCAGGAAAUUAUCCAGGUACUCGCGCAGGCUAUUCAAGAUAACUGGUCUCGGGCCAGGCGUAUCCUGCCGCGGGCCCUCGAGAAUGCCGGGUCGACUUGGCUUCAUUCGAGGAGUUUCCGCGUCACCGUUUCGCGGACUAGGGGGCAUUGGUAGGGAAGAGUACCGAGGGCUACGACAGGCUGAAGAAACCUGUUAUAUAUCGGAUCGCCUUCGUCUAGACCCCUCUUUCUCCUGCGCAUCGGCAUAUAAUACAUCACGUACGCGGCCACCAUCUCCUGGUUCCGUGAUAGUCGUAGUGCUGGGAUAAGUCACUGAGAGUCGAUGGACGGGGAUGGAAAGAGUCAGUAGUCUCUAGGAAGCUUACGUAGUGCAUUUUAGCGAUGAAGCGUUUCGGGGUACAGUACUAGAUCCCAAGUAUGGGGAUAUGCAGACACCACCACUGCUUGGGCUGCAAUUUUGCUCGCUCGACACCACUUUCAGGAGAACCCUGGGUAGUAGGUAAACGAUUAGUCAAAGGGUAGCCUGAUUUCUA